CCUCGGGAGGCUCUUCCCAGACAGGUGGAGGUGGGCUUUCCGACCCCUGAGGUUGUAUUUUCUGACCGCAGCAGGUUUUUUCUUACGCUCCCACCAUGGCUCUGAUGGCUGGUAUGAUCCGGCGGUUGGAUGAGACUGUGGUGAACCGCAUCGCUGCUGGAGAGGUCAUCCAAAGACCAGCUAAUGCCAUUAAGGAGAUGAUGGAGAACUGCUUGGAUGCCAAAGCUACUAGUAUCCAGGUGACAGUUAAGGAUGGUGGUUUGAAAUUAAUCCAGAUACAAGACAAUGGCUCUGGUAUUAGGAAGGAGGACUUGGAUAUUGUGUGUGAGAGAUUUACAACAAGUAAAUUGCAGACUUUUGAAGAUUUAGCUAGUAUUUCUACAUACGGGUUUAGAGGCGAGGCGCUGGCUAGUAUAAGUCAUGUUGCCCAUGUUACCAUAACAACUAAAACAAGUGAUGGAAUGUGUGCAUACAGAGCAAGCUAUUCUGAUGGAAAAUUGAAAGCCACACCCAAACCUUGUGCCGGAAACCAGGGAACUCAGAUUGUAGUUGAGGACUUGUUUUACAAUGUAGCCACCAGGAGGAAAGCUUUAAAGAAUCCAAGUGAAGAAUAUGCAAAAAUACUGGAAGUCGUUAGCCGAUACGCCAUUCAUAACUCUGGCAUCAGUUUUUCAGUUAAGAAGCAAGGUGAGACAGUAGCAGAUGUCAGAACGCUGUCGAACGCUACAACGGUAGACAAUAUUCGGUCCAUCUUUGGGAAUGCUGUUAGCAGAGAAUUGAUUGAAGUUGGCUGUGAAGAUGAAACACUGGCCUUUAAAAUGACGGGCUAUGUUACCAAUGCAAACUAUUCCGUGAAGAAAUGCACCUUUUUGCUUUUUAUUAAUCAUCGACUGGUUGAGUCAAGCGCUUUGCGGAAAGCAAUAGAAACCGUAUAUGCUGCUUAUUUACCCAAAAACAUGCAUCCAUUCUUGUACAUAAGCCUUGAAAUAGCCCCCCAGAAUGUAGAUGUGAAUGUGCAUCCUACCAAGCAUGAGGUUCACUUCCUUCAUGAAGACAGCAUCUUGGAGCGCGUGCAGCAGCACAUAGAGAGCAAACUGUUGGGCUCAAACUCCUCAAGGAUGUAUUUCACCCAGACAUUGCUUCCAGGUAUUACUACCUCUUCUGCUGAUGUUGUUAAACCUGCAAGCUCUUCUUCAGCAAAUCAAGGGAUGAGAGACAAAGUCUAUGCCCAUCAGAUGGUCCGCACUGAUUCCAGAGACCAAAAACUAGAUGCUUUCCUUCAGCCGGCUAACAAAUCCAAGACUUCCGGACUUGCUGCAGAGGAAAGCAAUAACAAGAAGGCCUACGAGGAGUCUGGACCACAAGAUGCUGAGAUGGAAGAAAGCAGUGACUUUAAUGAAAGAGCUACAGGACCGGAAACUGUGGAGAAACCAGAAGGAUCAUCAGAAAGACAACGGAUGUCUCCUGAAGAUACACCUGCUAGAAAGAAACAGCGAAUAGAUGGUGAUAUGGAAAUGGAGGAAGAUGCAAGACGGGACCUGACCGCAGCUUGCACCCCUAGAAGGAGGAUUAUUAACCUGACUAGUGUUUUGACCCUUCAAGAGGAAAUUAGUAACCAGGCUCAUGCAAGUCUUCAAGAGAUGCUUCACAAUCAUUCCUUCAUUGGAUGUGUUAAUCCUCAGUGGGCACUGGUGCAGUAUCAGACAAAACUGUAUCUUCUGAAUUCCACAAAACUCAGUCAAGAAAUGUUCUACCAGAUCCUUAUUUAUGACUUUGGAAACUUGGGCAUUCUGAGGUUGUCUGAACCAGCUCCUCUCUAUGAUCUAGCCAUGCUAGCCCUGGAGAAUACUGAAAGUGGUUGGACAGAAGAAGAUGGUCCAAAAGAAGGCCUUGCUGAAUACAUUGUUGAUUUUCUAACAAAGAAGAGUGAAAUGCUGAAAGACUAUUUCUCCCUGGAAAUUGAUGAGCAUGGGAAUCUUACGGGAUUACCACUUCUGAUAGAUAAUUACAUUCCCUCGUUGGAAGGUCUACCCAUGUUGAUUCUUCGAUUAGCGACAGAGGUAAACUGGGAUGAAGAAAAAGAAUGCUUUGAAAGUCUCAGUAAGGAAUGUGCCAUGUUCUACUCCAUUAGAAAGCAGUAUAUAAUGGAUGAGUCUGAUCUUAAUGGUCAACAGGCUGAUGAAUCGGGACCUAGCACACACUCGUGGAAAUGGACAGUGGAACAUGUGCUUUAUAAAACUUUUAGGACAUAUCUUAUGCCUCCUAAGAACUUUACAGAAGAUGGAACCAUUUUGCAGCUUGCUAAUCUGCCAGACCUGUACAAAGUCUUUGAGAGGUGCUAAAUACAGACAUCUGAAUAAAGGCCCACAUCUAUUUAUUGUUAAUAAAUGGACAAAUAAAUUUGUCAAUCUGUUUUUAUACCAGUCUUUCUCCAAGCAGCAUGGGAUGGUGUAUGAGAACGAAGAAAUCUAGAUUUCAGUUCUUAGUUGAACUGGCUGCUUCCCAUGAUAUACAAAGUUCUGUGGCAGCCUAACUAAAUAGUUACAAUGUGGUAUGUAAAUUCAGAAGUUCUGCAUAUUCUCUUGAUGCAGCGAGGCUUGUGUAGCAGCUCACAAGGCAUCUGAUGAAAUUAUCACACUAAAAUGUGAGUAAGCCCAUGGAAAACAGAUUUACCAAAUAUCUUGGAUUGCAAUACUUAUUAAAAACUCAAAUACUCUUGUCUUCUGUGCAGAUUUAGAUGCGUUUAACUAUCUGCUUCAGCUGACCUGGGAGCAUUAUCUGGACACAGCUCUGAAGCAGUUCAGCCACUGAACUUAAUAAAAUCAGAGGUAACAGAAUCCUGCUGCGAAGUUACAUGGGUAUUUUAGCAAGUUAAUUCCUAUGUGAACAAUUAAUUUACACAUUUGUAUCUUAAUGCACAAGAAAUAAUCUUAAAGUAGAAGACAUAACCAGACUUAGCCAAUAUAACUUUUGGUAAAUAAAGUGUCCAUUUAAUAAAUUUUUCUGCCACAUUUUCCCCACCCAAUGUUUCACUCCACCCUUAAGUAGAUCACACCAGG